AUGAAGAUACUGCGUGAGCUCCUCAGCAUCGCGCUUGCGUCUCUGUGUGCGCAUCACGCAGCAGCGCGAGCAAUAAGCGGAAACCUACGCGAUUUGAUUAUAGAGGAGCGUGCACCGCUCCAAGACAUUGUGACAUGGGAUGAGCAUUCUCUCUUCGUGCAUGGCGAGCGUGUCGUCUUUUGGGGCGGCGAGUUCCACCCCUUCCGCCUUCCGGUUCCGAGUCUUUGGCUAGAUGUCUUCCAGAAGAUCAAGGCGAUGGGAUACAAUGGUGUUUCUUUCUACUCGGCAUGGGUUCUUCAUGAGGGUAAGCCGGGAGACUUCCGCGCUGAGGGUAUCUUCGAUUGGGUGCCAUUCUUUGAUGCUGCAAAAAAGACUGGGGUCUAUCUCAUUGCUCGACCCGGCCCAUACAUCAACGCUGAAGUAUCGGGAGGUGGCUUUCCGGGAUGGUUGCAGCGCAUCUCCGGUAACCUUCGGACGCCAGACGAGGACUAUCAGGCAGCAUCAAAGAACUACAUCGAUUCGAUAACACCAAUCAUCGCGAAGGCACAAAUCACCAACGGUGGUCCGGUUAUACUCUUCCAGCCAGAGAACGAGUACUCUAUGGGUGCGAACAACGUGACCUUCCCUGACGCUGAAUACAUGAACGGUCUAAUGCAGCAGUUCCGCGAACUUGGAAUUGUGGUACCAUUCAUCAACAAUGUCGCUUGGCCUAACGGCGUCAAUGCGCCCGGCACUGAUGCCCCGGUGGACAUUUACGGUCACGACUCGUAUCCGUUGGGCAUGAACUGUACUGAUCCCACUUACUGGAUUGACGAUGCCUUGCCCACGAACUGGAGGGAGACACACUUGAAUCAGAGUGCAAGUACACCUUAUACGAUCCCAGAGUUUCAGGGUGGGGCGUAUCAAGGCUGGGGACAGGAUGGUUUCGAUCGUUGCGCCCUCUUCACGGGAAAAGAGUUUGAGCGCGUCUUCUACAAGAACAAUAUCGCUGCAGGACUGACGAUCUCCAACGUUUAUAUGACCUUUGGUGGCACCAAUUGGGGCAAUCUGGCAGGUGCUGGCAAUUAUAUGUCGUACGAUUAUGGCGCGGUAAUUACAGAGGAACGACAGGUACAUCGUGAGAAGUACAGUGAAGCCAAGCUGAUCGCACACUUUGUACAAGCGUCGCCUGCUCUAGCUUCAGCAGUACCAGGAUACAAUACUACCGGAGUGUAUACGGAUAACGAUGCCAUCACGGUAACGCCGCUCUUCGGUGAAAAGACCAGCUUUUACGUCACACGACAAACAAGGUACAACUCUGUCGCUUCAGAAUCGUACAGGCUUAGAGUCCAAACCAGCCAAGGCAAUAUCACAGUACCGCAGCUUGGAGAUAAGCUCUCUAUCAACGGCCGCGACUCAAAGAUUCAUGUCGCAGAUUAUAGCAUAGGAGAUUUCAACCUGCUUUACUCCACCGCCGAGGUCUUCACUUGGAAGACUUAUAAGGAUAGAACAGUUGUUGUUGUGUAUGGUGGGAUGGACGAAGUCCAUGAGCUGGCAGUCGCCGAGACUAGUGGGGCGACAUCGGUGGAGGGCUCAGGUGUCAAGUUCUCGAAUCGUAACGGCAACACCAUCUUGCACUGGUCGACCAGCGCGAAUCGUCGCGUCGUACGCAUAGGUCCAAGCUUGUACAUCGUCAUCCUCGAUCGCGACUCAGCAUAUGAUUACUGGACUGUCAGUACGUUACCUGAAGGUAGCUACUCUCAUGUCGCUACUUCAUCCAGCGAUCUUAUCGUUCGCUCCGGGUACCUUGUUCGUAACGCCACAAUGGCAGAGGGACACAUCCAUCUAUUCGGUGAUAUCAAUUUGACGACAGAUGUCGAGGUACUUGGCGGCGCCCAUACAGGUAGCGGGAAGCUCACCUUCAAUGGAGUUCAAGUUCAAUCGAAGCUUGAUAGCAACGGCUUUUUGAAAGCCACUAUGGACUUUCAAGCUCCCAAUCUCGAAUUACCAAACUUAAGUACUCUCGCCUGGAAGUACGUCGAUGCGCUACCCGAACUCGACUCAACGUACGACGACUCAGCGUGGACGGCUGCCGAUCAUACGGAGACCAACAACACUUACUGGCCAUUGACCACCCCGACUGUGCUCUGGGGCUCUGAGUAUGGAUAUAAUACUGGAUCGUUGAUAACCCGCGGCCACUUCAUUGCGACGGGUAGUGAGGACGUCAUUCAUCUCAACGUCUCCGGCGGUCCAGCAUUCGCAUUCUCCGCCUGGGUGAACCAAACCUUUAUCGGAUCGUGGUCAGGUACUAAAGAUGCCGCGAUCGCAAACAUGACACUGAAUAUGCCCAUGCUGCAUAGCGGUGAGCAAUAUGUAUUGACAGUCUUGAGCGACCACAUGGGCCAGUACGGCAACUGGUUCGCCGGCUACAACGAGAUGAAGACACCGCGUGGCAUUAUUGGAUACAACUUUCCAGGUCACACUCCUUCUCAUUUGAACUCGUCGCGACUUGACGAUGGCAUUAUAUGGAAGAUAACGGGCAAUCUAGGGGGUGAAGACUACCAGGACAGGUCGCGCGGCCCUCUCAAUGAAGGUGGUCUUUGGGUCGAGCGUAACGGUUACCACCUUCCUUCGUCACCCACUUCUAGUUGGGCUGACAGUUCUGGACCCGAAAUCGGCUUGUCACACGCAGGCGUUGGCUUCUAUAGCACCAACCUCCCUCUCGACAUACCGAGCGGCUGGGAUAUACCCCUGUCGUUCGUCUUCAACGGCGACGCGUUCACAGGCAAUGGUCGAGGAUGGCGUGCGCAACUCUGGGUCAAUGGAUACCAGUUUGGUAAAUUCGCAAAUGGUAUCGGACCGCAACGACGCUUCCCAGUGCCCGAGGGGAUUCUGAAUUAUCGUGGCGAUAACUACAUCGCAGUAAGUGUCUGGGGGCUUGAGACGGGGGCUGUGAAACCUACCAGCUUUGAGUUAGUGGCUGGAAUGCCGGUGCGGAGUGGGUUUGGCGAGGUCCAGUUGGCUCCGAUGGAGCAAUGGGCGGAGAGAGACGGCGCAUAUUAG